AUGACGGCGCAUAUAUGGAAAGCUGCACAUCACCCGCGUAUACAAUUAUCUUUUCGAAGAGCUCACAAUGCUCGAUUCAUAGCGACUGAUUCAAGGAAUCGCUUAUCGAAAUGCUGGGCGCCAACAGGAGGUAUCUCACCACAAGAUGGAGAGCAAGAUGACUCACAUGCUCUUCUCCUACGAGGGGGCUUUCUACGCCAGGCCCACUCAGGAGUUUUCCACCUCCUUCCCCUCGGCCUCCGUGUGCAAAACAAACUCGAAGGCCUCAUAGACAAGUAUAUGCACUCCAUCAGCGCCUCAAAAGUCUCCCUCUCUUCAAUCACCACAGAAGCGCUAUGGCGACAGUCGGGCCGCUACUCAGCGAACUCAGAACUUCUCCGAAUCAAUGACCGGAAAGAAUCAGGAUUUUUAUUAUCGCCUACUCAUGAGGAAGAAAUCACUGCACUAGUCGCUAGUAUGGUACACUCGUACAAAGAUUUACCACUGCGGUUGUAUCAGGUAGGGAGAAAGUAUAGGGAUGAACGACGACCAAGGCAGGGAUUAUUAAGGGCGAAAGAGUUUAUGAUGAAGGACCUGUAUACAUUCGACCAUUCUCCGCAAGAUGCACUCAAGACCUACGAAGCAGUUCGGCAAGCCUACAACAACAUCUUCAAUGACCUUAAACUGCCUUACCUGGUCGCAGAUGCGGACUCUGGAAAUAUGGGCGGCAAACUCUCCCAUGAAUACCACUUCGUCUCACAGAAAGGCGAAGAUAAUGUCUGGUCAUGUAAUUCCUGCGAAUAUGUUGCAAAUGAAGAGCUAGUGGAGAAGAAGACAGCAUUGCCAUCAGGGGCACGAUCACCAGAAGAAAAUUCUCGGUAUAUCUUCAGGGGUAUAAGCGUCGACCGUAAAACAGAGAUCCAGAUCCAGAUCGGACGCCCUUCGUCGGCCUCUGGAGAGGAGCACGUAUCCUGGAACCGCGUGUCGGAGUUUGUAAACUUGCACGCAGUCAAGAAGGCACUUCCCGACAACGUAGAACUCGACACUGGAAUUGAGGCUUCUACACUCACCGAGCUUCUAGACAAUACCGACAAGAGAGGCAUGGUGCUUCUCCGUGACCGUGCUUGCUUCGGUGAGCUUGAAGAUCCCUCUGUACCGGAUCUCACCAUCACAAAACCGGGCGAUGCGUGUUCCCGGUGCUCUACCGGGCACCUCGACGUCCAGAAAGCCAUCGAAGUCGGCCAUACAUUCCAUCUCGGCACCCGCUACAGUGAGCCCCUCAACGCAAUGAUCGCCGUACCGGACAAAAGCACAAAAGAGGCCAUGCAGAUGGGCUGUCACGGUAUUGGCGUCUCACGCAUCAUCGGCGCGGUAGCGUCCCUUCUCUCCGACGAGAAAGGCCUGAAUUGGCCAAGGGUCAUUGCGCCGUAUGAAGCUGUCAUUCUUACUUCCCCACAAACCAAUGAAGGGGAGGCGUUGGACGUAUACGACGCUCUGUGCGGUACACAGAGUAAAGCGCAAGGCACAGUAGAUGGAAAGGCAUAUGUGGAUUUGGUGCUUGAUGACAGGCCGAUCAAGAGUCUAGGGUGGAAGUUGAGGGAUGCGGAUCUAAUUGGGUAUCCUGUCAUCGUUGUGUUGGGGCGAGGAUGGAAGGAGAGAAAGGAGGUGGAGGUUCAGUGUCGGAGGUUGGGAGUCAAGAAGGAAGUGGGAUUGGGUGAUUUGAGGAGCAUGGUGGUAGAGAUGCUAGACCAACUGUAG